GAUGGACGCUGCGUUGAAGUUUACGGACCUCCCAUUGAGCGCGGCAGUGCAAGCGAGCCUCCACGCAUGCGGCUUCGUCGUUCCGUCGCCAAUUCAGGAGAAGGCUCUGCCAGUCGCUUUAUUCGGCAAUGAUCUCAUUGCACAGGCCAAGUCAGGGAUGGGAAAGACGUUGGUAUUUGCAUGUGUGACGGUCGAGCUUGUGCUGUCGAACUCGAAAAGCUGGGCGUUAAUCUUGGCACCGACACGCGAGAUCGCGCUGCAAAUUCAACAUGUGCUGACCACGUUGAUCGCGGCGAUCCCUACACUGUCUCCUUCCAUGGUGGUCGCGUGCAUCGGUGGUCUGGACAUCCACGACGACGAGCGACGACUGCAACAGCGCGCAACUCGGGUCGUAGUCGGCACACCUGGUCGCGUCAAGGCGCUCGUUCAACGAAAAGCAAUCCCCAUGGCAUCCAUGCAUCUGUUUGUCCUGGAUGAAGUGGACAAGUUGAUGGAAUCGGAUUUUCACAGCGAUAUCGACGCCAUCGUACAGCGUCUACCGCCGACAAAACAGAUUGUUUCGUGCUCCGCCACCUUUACGCCCGAUCAACUGGCGCGCCUCGGGGCCAUGAUGCUCACGCCUCAGUUUGUUCGCGUGCAAGGUCCGCAAAGCGUCACCACUGACUACAUCCAAGACACCAACGUGGCAGCUUGGCAGGCCAGGGAUGAUGCCCAGCGCCCCGAAUUGUGGCUUCGAGGGGUGCAGCAAUUUUACUUAGUCGUGGAUACGGCCCCAGUUGAGGCUGUAGAUGAUCUUUUGCGCCUAAAAGUGCAGCGGCUGGCCCAUGUCCUCACCCAAGUGUCAUUUCACCAAUGCAUUGUGUUUUGCAACGACAAAUAUCGCGCUGAAGCUCUGGCUGAUGCGCUGACAACGUUGGGGUUCCCCGCAGUGUGCAUCACAGGCGCUCAGGCACAGAACCAACGCUCCGACGCCAUGGACACGUUUCGCCGCUUUCAAGCACGGAUUCUUGUGUCCACCGACUUGACGGCGCGCGGCAUCGACGUCGAUCGGGUCAAUUUGGUGAUGAACCUUGAUCUGCCACGCGAUCCGGCUACGUACUUGCACCGCGUCGGGCGAUCGGGGCGGUUUGGAGGCCAAGGCGUGGCCAUCACACUCUUGGGAGACAGAGAAGUCAAGGCCAUCAAAACGAUGGCCAAAGUGUUCAAGAUGAAGGUGGCCGAGUGGAUGGGCGAGUUGCACGCGGCAGGAAGCGACUCGGCUGCCACUGCCCACCAAGGAGACGCAUACGACGAUACCGAUCUGCCCACACACAUCUUUCACAAACGAAAGGACGACACAACUGCGAUCCAUGCCGGGUUGGAAAUCGAGCAUGCCCAAGGGACAGGGGAUUCCAACUCGGCUCGAGAUCUGCAUACGGCCACGUUGCGCACACUUGCGACUGACGGUGACAUCGCCGACGAUCCACCCAACAGAACAGACACCCAAAACGCAAACCCACCGCCUUCCCUUGCUUCAGCUGCCGUGGCCAACACGUCACCCUGCAAACCUGAAGUUGUGCCGGCAACCAAUACAACUACACCGUCCAACAAAAAGCGACCGAGCAAGAUCAAGCGGCCACCAACGUCACCUCCACCAACCACGCCAGUAGACGCAGGAAACCCCCCAAACCCAUCGCAAUGUCCUCACGCUGUUUCCCUGCCAACCCGUUCCCUCGCUAAGCCCAGCGCAGCGUACACUCAAGAAGAGGCCAGAUACGACGAGUGGCUAGCACUGGUGCACAAAUGCAUGGCGCAAGAGGACUCGAUUCAAGUGGGUGCUCAGCGAAGGUCAUGUUGAAGCUGCCCCAACGUACUCAAACGAUCCCAGCACGACGGUUGCCAUCGUUUGUCGAUGAGGCGAUUGAAGGUCGGAUUUCAUCAAAAAUUCACGAAAUUCGCAAUAAAUUUACGCUACUUUUGC